UGCCCUGCAAGAAUAGAGGCGAAACACACAAUAGGUGGCGGGUAUAAUUUGUGAUACGUUCCAACAGGAAUCUGUUCCAAAAACUUCGUAAAGUACAAGGUUUCCAACAAACAACGCAUACAAAGUAGCAUGAUCAAUUCACCUCGCUAACUAGCUGCCGAAUGGGCAUCAACUCACAUGAAUUAAUAAUUAAAUAGCCACUCCCUACCUGGUAUCAACUUUGUUUGCGUUGUUUUGUCGCCAACUUUGUUUUUGGAACAGUUUCAUGUUGGAACGUUCCACAAAUUACACCCACCCGCUAACAAAUAGCACCUGAAAAAAAUAUAAUUAAGAAGUUACGAGAAAAUAAACGGCUUGAAUAAAACAUUUGUGCAUACCUCUCCGGGCGAUUAAAGACCCAAAUCGCAUUGCAACCCACAAUGUAAUCGUGGUUUUACAGGUAAUGCAUUCAAACUUUUGCCCUUUAGUUGUUCGCCGAACUCACGCCGAUGCAGAAACAAGGAUCAUGCAUACUUGGUUCCGAGGCACUUUAUGUCCCCCUCUCUAGGUUCUUUAAGCUGCAUUUGAAAUCUGACGUUCAUCUCAAGUGCAAACUGUCUUCGUUUUUAUUAAGAUAUUUUAUUUAUUUAUAUUUCAAUAUGAAUAUGAAUUAACUUUGGUGACAUUGUCAAGACAUUAUAUAUUAUCUCGAUAUAUCUUGUGGGAAUAUAUACCAUACAAUCAAUUACAGUUGUUUUUCUUAGAUAUUACUAUUCUUUCAGGCCUACUUGUCCGUUUAUAAAUUAUGCGUAAUAUAUGGCAAUGCUUUUUUCACUUCCCCUGCUCAUUGUUAUUUGAAUAGUGAGUGUUUGUGUGGAGAACAAUAAAUGUCAUGUUGCUAUGCCAGUGAGAAAGGGAAACGUCGGCCUGUGAGCGCGGUCAAGUGCAACAACUAAGAGAAAAAUGUCCUGACAGCUGUUAUAGAAGUAAUACAUUUGAAGUGAAUGAAAAGGCAUGGACUUAAGUAAAAUAAACAAUUCGUUUGUUGGGACUUGAUUGACGCAGAAGAAUAGCCGAUUUAAUUAUGGCAAGUCCGGAGAGAAAUAAGAAGAUUCUGCUUGAUAUGGUGAAACAGCCCAGCAACGACUAUUGUGCCGACUGUGGGGCCCCUGAGCCAGACUGGGCCUCAUACAAACUUGGUGUGUUUGUAUGUGUGAACUGUUCGGGGACACAUCGGGACUUGCCUGCCAUCAGCCGGAUAAAGUCCAUACGUUUGGAUUUCUGGGAUGAUUCCUUAGUAGAGUUUAUGAAGACAAGGGGUAACGCUGCAGCCAAUGCGUUCUAUGAGAAGUGUGUUCCGCCCUUCUACUACCGGCCACAGGAGAAGGACUGUGUUGUUCUUAAAGAUCAGUGGAUACGUGCUAAGUAUGAGAGGAGAGAAUUCACAGGAGAGAAUAACUCCCUCCCUUAUAGUUCAGGACUUUACGAAGGAAUUCUAUGGAAGAAAGGCAAGGACAACAAGCAGUUCCUGAAAAGGAGAUUCCUGCUCUCUGAAACGGACUUCACCUUGAGAUACUUCACCAAGGAGGAUUCCAAGAAGCCCAAAGCAGUCAUCUCUAUGAAGGACCUCAAUGCCGUGUUCCAGCCGGAAAAGAUAGGCCACGCCCACGGGCUGCAAAUCUCCUACCUGGAGGAAGAACGGACCAGAAACCUGUUUGUUUACCAUGACAACAGCCAGGAAAUUGUGUCCUGUUUCAAUGCGAUACGGGCCACCCGGUUUGCUUACCUCAAGAAAGUCGACCCUAAUGCCAAGGACAGUGACCUUGUACCUUUGAUAACCAGAAGUAGCAUUAAAGAAGGCUACAUGGAGAAAACCGGCCCAACGCAAUGGGAGCCAUUCAAGAAGAGAUGGUUCAUCUUAAACUUAACGGACAGAAAGCUGUCCUACUUCAAAACUUCACUGGAUGCCUUGGAACUGGGAGCUGUCUUCAUCGGCACAGAGGGCCAUGGCUACUCUGUGAGGGAGGGCCAGUCUAAGGGGAGCCGCAGUGGCAGGUGGAGGUUCGCGGUCACCUUGGAGACGCCAGACAGGCAGUUUGUCUUCCUGUGUGACCAGGAGCAGGACCAGAGGGAGUGGAUAGAAGCCUUCAAACUAGUAAUCUCCCAGCCUAUGCUACCACAGCACUACAACACUGAGGCAAACAUGAGAAGGAUGAAAAAAUGAAUGGUGUAAAAACCUGAGGAAAGGAAAACACGAUUUACAGGAAGAAAUGGCAAUGUGUGGGGCUGGCUGCCUGUUUCAGAGAGCCUACCAGUGGCAGGGUGGAGGCUUCUCACAACAGGUGAUCAAUGAACUCUUCAAUGGAGUCAUGUUUAUCGGAAAAUGAGGAGAGGCUAAAUGAACUCAGGCUAAAGAGGCUAAACGAACUGAAGAGCUGCCAAUGUGGACCAGCACUGGUAAUCAUUGCAAAUCACCAUUAUCCAGGGCACCUUGCAAACCAGUGACAGGACUGCCUAUUAUGAGAUGGGAACUGAUGGCAUUGUCGGGGACAUUGGGAAUGUAAUAUAUACUUUCUAUUAACUAAUGUGUAUAAACACUGUGUAUAAAACGUUAAGGACACCUGCUCUUUCCUUGACAUAGACUGACCAGGUGAAAGCUAUGAUCCCUCAUUGAUGUCACUUGUUAAAUCCACUUCAAUCAGUGUCGAUGAAGGGGAGGAGACAAGUUAAACAAGGAUUUGUAAGCCAAUGGAGACAUGGAUUGUGUAUGUGUGCCAUUCAGAGGGUGAAUGGGUAAGACAGAAUAUUGAAGUGCCUUUGAACAGGAUAUGGUAGUAGGUGCCAGGCACACCAGUUUGUGUCAAGAACUGCAACGCUGCUGGGUUUUUCAUGCUCAAUAGUUUUACGUGUGUAUCAAGAAUGGUCCACCACCCAAAGGACAUCCAGCCAACUUGACACAACUGUGGGAAGUCAACAUGGGCCAUGUUGGGCCUGCAUCCCUGAUACCUUGUAGAGGCCAAGACCCGAUGAAUUGAGGCUGUUCUGAGGGGUGUUCCUAAUAUUUUGUACACUCAUUGUAAAUAGAAAGCGAGAGAGUGCGAUACAAUACUUUAAUGUAUCUAGUAGAGUUUGUUUUAAGUAUAACACAGUUAUUUUAUAAUACAGUGAUUUAUUAUCUUUGUGUUGAUUGCAGCCUACUGUUAUUUAAAUUAUUUUAUAUGUC